AUGAAGGUCCACCUCCCGGGAUACGGUGCAGAAAUCGAAGGCCCAAAGAACCUGACUUUCGACGCCACCCUUGUCACCAGGAUCUCCGUCAUCUCAACAACAAACAAAAUCGUGUUAAACCUGAAGAAGCUGAAUAUUUCUGAUGUCUACGUAACCAUGAAUGACCAACCAGUGACCGUACUCUCCAAGACGGUAGAGGAAAAGCUUGAGCUGGUCACGAUCCAAUUGGCCAAGAAUCUGGAAAUCGGCAGCCGUGUCGUGCUUACGCUCGUUUAUGUUGGGCCGAUCGAUAAUUCGCUUGGAGGGCUGUAUCAGAGCAAAUACAAACAUACUGACGGGACUGAAAAAAUUAUUGCAACUUCUCAAAUGGAGCCGACUGAUGCGCGGAGGAUGGUUCCCUGUUUUGAUGAGCCAGCGUUUAAGGCCAAUUGGACGGUCACCGUUACGCAUCCGAAAGGAACGAGCGCUCUCUCGAACAGUAUUGAAGACAGCGUAACACCAAUAGAUGCUGAAUGGCUGGAAUCAAAAUUCAAGGCCACGCCCAAGAUGUCGUCCUAUUUGCUGGCCGUUCUAGUGUCCGAAUUUGAAUAUAAUGAGGGGCAAACGAAAUCCGGGAUCAGGUUCCGAGUCUGGGGCCGUCCGGAAGCAAAGGAUCAAACCAAAUACGCCCUUGAGGCGGGGAUCAAAUGCAUCGAGCACUACGAACAGUUCUAUGGCAUCCCAUUCCCGCUUGAAAAACAGGACAUGGUUGCCCUGCCGGAUUUCGCGGCCGGGGCUAUGGAGAACUGGGGAUUGAUUACAUACAGGGAAAAUUCUCUUCUUUACGACGCUACUCUCUAUAAACCCGAGCAAAAACAGCGUGUAGCUGUCGUCGUCGCCCACGAAUUGGCUCAUCAAUGGUUCGGCAACCUCGUAACCAUGAAGUGGUGGUCCGAACUGUGGUUGAAUGAAGGCUUCGCGGCCUUUGUCGAAUAUUUGGGCACCGACUUCAUCAGCAACCGCAAAUUCAGGAUGGACGAAACCUUCGUAAUUGACGCGCAAGAAACUGGAUUCAAAGAAGAUGCGAUCCCUACAUCCCAUCCAUUAUCCUUCAAAAUCGAUCGCGCCUCGGAAGUGGAAGAGGCGUUUGAUGGAAUUACUUAUGAUAAGGGAUCCGCCGUCAUUCGAAUGAUUAGGUAUACGAUGGGAGAAGAAAUUUUCGACAAGGCUAUUAACUUAUACCUCAAGCGAUUUUCGUAUAAUAAUGCUGAUGCAACGGAUUUGAUGACAGCGUUGGGAGAAUUUGUUCCCGGAAGUGUUUUGGGAGCCGACGGCAAAAAACUUGACGUACUCGAAUACGCCCAACAAUGGACCCAGCAAAUGGGUUACCCAGUUCUAACCGUAUCCCGCAUGAAUGACCACAUGGUUCGCGUCGUCCAGAAUCGCUUCAAACUCGCCAAUGAUACGCCCGAUCAAGAAAAAUACAGCAAGCCCGACUAUGGAUUUAAAUGGGACGUCCCGGUUUGGUAUAGCAAGGGCGGAGAUGAUACCACACAUUUUGCGUGGCUGCCAAGAGACGCCGACCUAAUUGUCGGAGCUCGUGGAGAUGCGGUGCCGAUUUUCAACUACGAUUCACGAGGCUUCUACCGCGUCAACUACGAUGCUGAACUGUGGAUGUUGAUUGCCAAGAAGUUGCAGGAAGAUCAUACUGGUGACCGGGAA